AUGUCUAUGAAAGCUCAAAAAGAAUUAGUCGAAAUUAUCUCAAACAAAAUAUUAAAAGAAUGUUAAAUUUAAAGGCCAUCUAUUAAGGAAUUGGUCAAGUUGAUCUUCAGCUAGAAAAAAUACUUCUAAAAAUACGAGUAUCUAAGCAGUGGUGCUUAUUCCCUUGUUUUAAAGGCUUAUAAUUCUAAACAAAAACGCUAAGUUGCUCUCAAAUUUUUAGGGAGCUCAAACUAAGAGGAAAAUGAUGGCAUUGAAUCUUUGAAAAAAGAGUAUGAAAUGCUUCAAAAGUUUAGCCAAUCAUAAUUUUUAGUAAAUGUUUAUGAUUGCUUUUAUUUAAUGGAAGAACAAGAUGAUGAAGAUGAAGAUGGAAACGAUAUAAUUGUUUAAACUGGAGUCAAAUCCUUCUUUGUCAUGGAAAUGGAGCUUUGUGAGAAAAAUCUCAAAUAGCUCUUUGAUAUCCUCAGAAAAGAAUAAGUUCCACCUUCGAAAGAGUUGAAGGAAAUAAUAGCCAUUCAAAUGAUAGAAGGGCUGAAUAAUCUUCACGUAAAAAAUAUUAUGCAUAGGGAUAUCAAACCUUAAAAUUUCCUUGUUUGUACUUCUUAAGAGUAUGGUUUCUAAAUCAAACUUUGUGAUCUAGGCUUUGCAUCAGCUGUUUCUAAAUCUAAAAGCUUUGUGUCUAAGAAAGGAACUGAUUCAUAUUUUGCUCCUGAAGUGGAAGAAGGAUAAUCUAGAAUUCAGUCAGACCUCUUUUCACUGGGUCUCGUUUUAUUAGAGCUAGACAAUUUCAAUACUCUAAAUAAAAAUUGGAUAGAUACCAAAAUAAGGUAUUAUCUAUUCAAUGGAGAAAAGAUACCUGAAGAAAAAUAUUAGAUAGAUAAGAAUUCUAAUAUCUACAAAAUAGCUUAAAUAUGCUUAAAGCCUAAGUAUUUAGACAGGACUACAGCAGGAGAAUUACUAUCUUAAAUCAUCUAAAUGCAUGGUUAACCAUUGAAAUUUAUAUUGACUUCUAUGAUAAUUGAGGAAUAAAUACCUAAAUAGGCACAGUAAAUAUUUGAUAGAAUUAAUCAACAAUAAAAAGAUAUGCAUAAUUAAUUUGACCAGCAAGCUUAGUAGAUUCUUGAUAACACCAAAUCGAAAAUUAAACAAAAAGAUUUUCAAGCACAAUUUACAAAAGUGGAAGUAUUGUCUAAUCUACUGAAAAGUCUCUAUGAGCAUAAAAAAUAUUCCAAUAACUUUCAAAUUCUUAGCUUUGGAAACUUUGGAAUGGUAUUAGCUACUAAAAAAGCCAAGCUUGACAACAAAGAAAUAGUGCUAAAAAUACAAAAAAUAGAAGAUGAAUAACUAAUCUAAAAUGAAAUUAGUAUUAUGUAGAAAUUAAAAGAACCACUAGUGGUAUAACUUUAUGAUAGCUAUAUAAUAGAAAAUAAGUUAGUACAUGAUAGAUACUCAGUCUUUGAAUUAGAAAAAUGUUCAUGUUCAUUAGAUGAAUAUCUUGAAAGAUAAAACAAAGAAGGAUAAUUAAAUGAAGAAAACAAAUUUUAAAUGGCUAUCUAAAUUAUAGAUUCUGUCAAUUAUAUUCAUUAAUUUAAUAUAAUUCAUAGGGAUAUUAAACCAGAAAAUUUUUUGGUUUAUUUAGAUGGAAAAUAAGCCAAAAUAAAAUUAUGUGAUUUUGGCUUAUCUGCUUAGAUUCCAGAUAAUCAAGAUUCAAUUCAAACUAUAGAACGCAUAGGAAAUUUUGGUUAUUCAGCACCUGAAAUAUUAAAUAAAAAUGAUAAUGAACUUAAGUUUUAUACAAAGAAAUCUGAUUCAUAUUCAGUAGGGUUAUUACUAGCUUUGUUAGAUAAUUAUUAAGAUUUAAAGACAAAUACUACUUCAAUUUUCUCAUUAAUGACACAAAAGUAGUUAGAUAAGCCUUUCGAAAAAUCUAAUAUUUAAAUUAACAAAAAUUCAGAAAUUUAUAAAUUUAUUAACCUUCUUGUUGUUUCUGAUAGUGAUUAAAGGGCAUCUCUUUAUGAUAUAGUAAAAUAAAGCGAUGAAACAUUCUUUUCGAAUUCAAAAGAAAUGAAAUAAAUCCUACAAAAAACUCUUUUGAUGCAAAAUCGGACUAUACAAAUUUAUUCUCUAAUGGAUUUGAAUAAAAUUAAAAAUUACAAUAUUGUAACGAUAGAUUUAGAGUAAUUUUUUUUAAUACUUUUAAUAUUUUAAUGA